GUAAAAGAGAUUGACUUUGACGAGGAUGAGUACGAUGACUACUACUCGGGCGAAGACGAGUACGGCUAUGAAGGCGCCGACACUGGAGCAGCACCAGCAGCAGCAGAUAGCCAAGAGGACGAACUAAGCGCCGAGGACAAAGAGCAGAUGCGCAUAGGUACCCAGAACGUGAGGGCUGCUCUAGGAGACGUCUCCGACUUUGUGACCGACGAGGCCAUACAAGAAGCUCUGUGGCAUUACUACUACGAUGUCGCCAAGUCCGUUACCUACUUGAAGAACCAGAAUGCUCCCCAGCAAGCACAACCCAAAGAGAAGAAGCAGAAGCCCGUAUCCAAGUUUGAUCAAGCUGCUACAUCAGCUGCUCAGAAGCCAGUCGAGAUUAAGGGUACCCCACUGCCCCGACCGCAUACGAAUCCCGCCGACCUCUUCAAUGGCAUAUCUUGGUUCAACGUCCCGGAAGAAAGAGCUGGAUGUAUAGUGUCUGAGCAGGUCCGUUCACCGCUUCGUUUGCUAGGCGGCACUGGCAAGCCCUCCAAGCUGGCUGCUCUGGCCGCUGCGAGGAAANAGAAGGAAGCCGAACAGAAGGCUGCACAAGAGGGUGGUCAAUCUGAUAAGCCUGCCGGUGUUGCAUCGCUCAUGGACCGUCUUGGUACAAGGUCUGCUCAGCCCGCAGGCCAGGAGAACGUCAAACCCGGAGAUGCCNCCCAGCAACCCGAGACUCGUACCUUCCCGAUUCGCAAGCGCAAAAGUCCUUCUCCACCGCCACCAGUUGAGGAUCGCAGACCUGCUGCUCCAGAGCCUACUACAACUGAGACAGCCGAGCCAGUGACAAAGCCCGUCGAACAUGUGCGCGCAGGUCCAUCAAUUUUCGCCAGCACAAUGUGUGGUGGCAGCUCUAGAAGGCGUCCUUCACACCAAGAAUCAGCUGUUUUCUCUCAAAACAUUCUGCCAGCCAUUUAUGGCCAUGACGCGAACCUUGCUAAUACCAAUGCCUUCUCAGGUCCGAGCCCAGAUGACAUUGUCAUGCAAGCCCAGGCANAAAGUUUGUCAGCCUCGGGCGCAAAGAAGCAGGCUUCCCAACAAAAGGACUCUAAAUCUGUCACCAACGGCGUCUCAUCUCUUAGUCUGGAGGAGCCACAGCAGACCAGUCAGAAGGUUAAAAGCAAGAACUUGGACGUCCUUGCGGAACACGCAAAAGCAGGACGCAAGAAUGCUGCCAGCUUUGUUGUUAUCGGACAUGUCGACCACGGAAAAAGUACACUCAUGGGUCGCUUGCUGUACGACCUCAAGGUUGUAGAUCAACGCUCGCUCGACAAGUAUCGUUUCCAACAAAAGAACAUUGCCUUUAUCCCUUGUUCCGGCCUCACUGGCGAGAACGUCGUCACCCCGGCUCCCGAAGCAGCAGCUUGGUAUACCAAGUCCGCAUCACACCAAACCCUCAUCCAAGCCCUUGAAGCCCACGAACCCACAAAAGCAGCUUUGUCAUCACCCUUCCGUCUUCNNCCUAUCUCAGAUAUCUUCCGCGGCGGUGUUCAAAACCCUUUGUCCAUUUCCGGCCGCAUCGAAGCCGGCACUUGUCAAGUAGGCGACUCUUUGAUCGCCAUGCCCGCCAACGAAUCCUGCAGCAUCAAAGGCAUCGAAGUGGAUAACGCAGCUGCAGACUGGGCAGUCGCCGGCCAAAUCGUAACUCUGCACUUGACAGAAAUCGACCCUGUACACCUGCGCAUCGCAGACCUGCUCUGCGAUGCCAGAGAAACUCCGUGGCCANACAUCAAGUCCUUCACGACAAAGAUCUUGGCGUUUGAACAUGUGUUGCCCAUGACUGUUGAUGUGCAUCGAGGACGCAUGCAUGUUCCCGGCCGUAUCAGCAGUAUGGUUUGUGUGUUGGAUAAAAGCAGUGGCAAUAUCACGAAGAAGAAACCGAGGGUUGUGCAGCCGGGGAGUGUGGCGAGAGUCAAGGUGGAACUCGAUACUGCUGUGCCGUUGGAGGUGCCUGGGAGGAUUGUGUUGAGAUCGGGUGGUAAUACUGUUGCUGCUGGGUUAUUGGAGGAGGUGCAUGCA